CACGCAUCAUGUUCCUUCAAACUUUCAGACUUAACUCCCCUCAUCAAACAAGAUGUCUACCACUACUGAAGUUGAAUCUUUAAAAGCAAAAUAUGCUGAAGCUGGACAAGAACAUCUUUUUACUUUCUAUGACAAACUCAGUCCAGAAGAACAGACUUCAUUUUUCAACCAACUUUCAAAACUUGAUAUUGAACGCGUCAACCGAAUCUUUAAGAAAGCAACAAGCUCAGAAAUUGCUCCCGGUACCGACAAACAAAACUUGGAACCUUUACCAGAUGAUGUAUUUGAUUCUACCUUAGACGCAAAUAAAUCGAAAAUCAAAGAGUGGGAAGAUUUGGGUUUGAAUUUAAUUUCUCAAAACAAAGUUGCCGUCCUUUUAAUGGCUGGUGGUCAAGGAACCAGACUUGGCUCUUCAGCUCCAAAAGGUUGUUAUGAUAUACGCUUGCCAUCUCAUAAAUCUUUGUUUCAGCUUCAAGCGGAACGUAUUCUGAGGUUGCAAAAUAUUGCUCAGGAUGGCAAAACUACAGAGGUGAUUAUUCCAUGGUAUAUAAUGACUAGUGGUCCAACUAGGGCUGCUACUGAAGCAUUUUUCAAACAACAUAAUUAUUUUGGAUUAAAAGAAGAGAAUGUUAUCUUUUUUGAACAAGGUACACUUCCUGCAUUGACCAACGAUGGAAAGAUUUUCCUGGAAACCAAAUCUAAGCUUGCUAUUGCGCCCGAUGGUAAUGGAGGAAUUUAUGCGGCACUUAGGGAUGAAAAAAUCCUUGAUUCAUUAAAAGCUCGCAAUAUUUCUUACGUUCAUGCAUAUUGUGUUGAUAAUUGUCUUGUUCGUGUUGCCGAUCCCGUAUUCAUCGGUUAUUGCGUUUCCAAGAAUGCAGAUUGUGGUGCUAAAGUUGUUCGUAAAACUUCACCUGAAGAACCUGUUGGCGUCAUUGCACUUCGCAAUGGCAAGUUCAAUGUGGUGGAAUAUAGCGAAAUAGAUCCUUCCGUUGCAGCACAAAAAAAACCUAAUGGUCAACUUUCCUUUGGUGCGGGUAAUAUUGCCAAUCAUUUUUACACGGUUGACUUCCUUAAUCGUGUAGAAUCUUUUGAAAAUGAACUCGAGUAUCAUAUAGCAAAAAAGAAAAUUAAACACUGUGAUAAAACUUCUGGCGAAUUAGUUUCACCUUCAAAACCAAAUGGUAUGAAGCUUGAACUAUUUGUCUUUGACGUUUUUCCUUUCACUGAACGCAUGGCCGUUUUAGAGGUUGAUAGAAAAGAAGAGUUUUCGCCUCUUAAAAACGCACCAGGAACUGGCGCAGAUGAUCCUGAUACUAGUAGAAGAGAUAUUAUAAACCAACAAGUUAGAUUUGUUGAAAAUGCUGGUGGUAAAAUUGUACCCGGUGAUGGAGAAUCAUUCGAUAAUCUUAACUUUGAAAUUUCGCCGCUGGUCUCUUAUGCCGGUGAAAAGUUGGAAGCAUUAAAGGGGAAAACAAUCAAAACACCCGCUGUUAUUGAAACCCUAGCGGAUCUUGACAAAUUUUGAUUUUUUUUAGUAUAAAUAAUAGAUUAUUUUGUUAAUAAUAGUUUAAUAAGUACUUCGUAUUUUUAUACAGUACUCCAAAUAGAUUUUGACCGACGUAUUUAUUUUUAUUUAAAGUAAUAAAA